AUUAUAUAUAUGUUCGUGUAUAUCUGUUGAGUGAAAAGCAGCCGCAGAUGUGUGAAAAGAAUCAGUUAAAUGACAAUUGCUGCAAAAUUGAAAACUAAUUCGAAGGUGCAAUUGAAAUAGAAAAGAAACUGCAAAUGAUAUAAUUUCAAGUGAAAAGUGAACAUAUGAAUACUUGCUGAAUUGAGUUAUAAAUAGAGCGAGAGAGUGAGAGCGAGAACGGGAGCGAGAGCAUGGAAACUACAACAGAUGAGCAGAGCGUGGGUGCGUCCAGGCAACAGCAGCUGCGACAGCGACGCCAGCGGCGCAGCCAGCGCGAGCAGACGCCUGAUGCGAGCAAGCAAUAUGCAAAGGACAAUGCUGAGCCACAGGCUCAACACAUUAGGAUGCAGAUACGUCCGCCAGGAGCGCUGUCUGCACAUGAAAGCAAAAUACUGAGAAGACGAGACAAGAGCUUUGCCAGCUCCGCGCAGCGCAGUCAGUCGCAGCCUAGAGAGGCGGAGAAGCUGAGCAAUCCGCUGGCGCAGCAGCUGAUGAAGCAACAGCGCAGUUUGUCCUCGCCGCGCCACAAGGAGGAGUCCAGUGAGAGCGAGCUAACAGGCAGCUCCCAGUCCUACACGCAGCAGCAGCAGCAGCAGCAGCAACGUCAAAACGAGACUCUGACACGCUUGGAGCAGAACAUGCAGCGCUUUGAGGAUGAGCGGCGUAGAUUCGAAACAGAGAAGCGUCUGUUUGAGCGCGAGAAGCGCGAGCAUAAGGUGCGCCAUCGCCAGCAGCUGGACUAUGAGGAGCGCAAGCGUUUGCUGCAAAGCUAUCGCAAGAUCAGCGACAGUUUCCAGCUGCCGCAGGAUGAGCAGGAGCGUCAGCGUCUGGUGCAGAGCUUGCGCCUGCAGCGCCAUGAGGCGCCCACAGUGCGUAUGCGCAAUCGCAGCAGCGGCUACGAGGAGUCCUCGACGCAGUUUAGCUCCUCCGAUGCGGAUACAGCAGAGGAGCUAACAGCGAGGCAUAAGCCAGCCUAUAUAGCUGCCAUACGUGGUGCACCACCGCCAGCACCACUGCCAGCUAAACCAGAACCACCGCCACAGCCACCGGAACGUCGCGCCGUAAGUCGCAACAAUUCAUUGUCGCCAGUGCGGCCGCAGCGACGCUCCAAGACGCCCGAACAACGCGCCGAGCAGCAGCUGCGCAAGUCGGAGUACAUUGAAGUGGGUGAAACACGCGACGUGGUUGACUGCAAGCCAAAGCUAAGCGAGCGGCAGCAACGGGACGAGCUGCACAAAGCCUAUAUGGAAGCAUCAGCUAGAGCUGCUGCAGCUGAAGCAGCCUUGGCUAAAAGUUUGCGACGCAGCAACAGUCUCAAGCUGCCGGAGGAGCAGCAGCAGCCCAGCAAGCAGGAGAGCAAACGCAGCAGCAGUCUGGAGCGUGUCAAGCGAGCCAAGCGCACGCCCAGCUUAGAGCGUCCUAAGCUCGAGAAGCCCUGCGUGCCAGACGAGCCAGCGAUGGAAGAGCCAGCAGCAGAACCAUUGCUGGUAGAAACAGAGAUCUCUAAGCCUCCAACAUUGCUGCAGCGUCUCUUUAGACGCCAGCCCAAAGCGCCACCCACUGUAGAUACCAGUGUGGUGGCAGUCUCUUCUGACGAGCCUGUCACACGCUCCUGGCUCUGGCACUUUUGCUCGGAAGCAGCGCAUGAAUGGCGGCGCCUUAAGCUCGACUAUCCACAGCGUCUGCUCGAGCUGCGUCAAGUGCGCAACGUUUGCUUCUCUCACACAAUUCUGCUCACACUAUUGCUGGGAUUUGGUGGUUUGGUCUUUCGCUAUACGGAGGGCACGUCGGAAAACAUUUACAAGUGUGAGGUGCGCAAGGUGAAGCGCGACUUUAUCGACAAUCUCUGGGAUUUUAGUCAUAACAUGAGAGAGGAUGACUGGAAGUCCUUGGCACGCACCAAGUUGCGCAAGUUCGAGGAUGAGCUCAAUAAUUUAGCGGAGCUGGGCUUGCGUCGCUAUCCGGGUCAGAAGUCGUUCAACUUUGUCAACUGCAUCAUUUUUUGCUGGACCGUUAUCACCACCAUAGGUUACGGUCACAUCACACCCAAAACUCCAUUGGGACGCGCACUGACUAUUGUUUAUGCCAUCAUUGGCAUACCCAUGUUCCUCAUUGUGCUGGCGGAUCUGGGCAAGCUCUUCACGCGCAGCAUCAAGUUCCUUUGGGCCUAUGUGCGACGCUUGUACUACACGCGCUCCUGUCGUCGCAUACGCCACCAGCAGCAGUACCGCGAUGCCAUGACUGGCUUCAAUACCGUCUACGACAUGGCCAUACGACGUCCGAGCCAGUUCUUUGGCAUGAUGGAUGCAGAAUCUGCGCACCAGGAUGCAGAGGCGGGCAAGUCGCUGGGCACUUCACAUCCAGAGACGCCAACGUCGCCAUAUCCGGAAACAUUUGAAGUGGACGAUGAGUUCAAUUUGCCUGUAUCGGUUGCGACUAUACUACUCAUCAUUUAUUUGCUGCUGGGCAGCGCUGGCUACACGGUGCUCGAGCAUCCCAAUUGGACUUUCAUGGAUGCCUUCUACUAUGUGUUCAUCUCCAUGUCAACAAUUGGCUUUGGCGAUCUGGUGCCCAGUAAUCCGUUCUUCAUGAUGAUCAGCAUGAUUUAUCUGAUGUUUGGUCUUGCGCUCACCUCCAUGUUCAUCAAUGUGGUGCAGAUCAAGCUGAGCGAUCACUUUAAGCGUGCCAGUGCCAAGGUGCGCGUUACCAUUGGCAUGGCCAGCGAAUUUGGCGAUGGCUCGCAGGUGAAAACACCAUCGGAGAUGGCUUCCGUGCAUGGCUCGCGUCUGGGACGCAAUGAAGAGGAUGGCAAUGGCAUAACAGCUGCCACGCCGCCGCCUCUCACCUCCAUCCUGCGUCCAGCACGGCCACUCUCGCCUGCUUUCAGCAACAUGGAGAGUCCACCGCCUUUGAUGCCCAGGCGCCAGGAACUGCAGCCGCCUACGCCAGCCGAGAGCGAGAAGAAGAAGAAGCAUCGUUUCUUUUAAGCCGCUUAUGCUGUGUAAUGCAUUUGAAGCGUCCUGGCCACCUGAACAAUAUACUUAAGUUAAGCAAAUUGCAACAAAAACCAAAAUGACAAAAUUAGUUGCAAAAUCGAAUUUAUGCACUACUAAGAAACAAAUUUAUUUAUUAUUCUAAAUGAUGACUAUAGGUUAAGUUAAAUAUUAAUAAA